AUGGUAUCCAUAACCAAGAAAAGGGAUGGAUUGGGAGCAAACGGUCUCAGGAGGCGGGGCAGACAAACCUACACCAGAUAUCAAACGCUAGAGUUAGAGAAAGAGUUCCACACGAAUCACUACCUCACGCGAAGGAGACGUAUAGAGAUGGCGCAUGCGCUGUGUCUCACGGAGAGACAGAUUAAGAUAUGGUUCCAGAAUCGAAGGAUGAAAUUAAAGAAGGAGAUACAGGCUAUAAAGGAAUUGAACGAGCAAGAGAAACAGGCGCAAGCGCAGAAAGCGGCCGCGGCGGCGGCGGCGGCGGCUGCCGCGGCCGCGCAGGGCCAUCCCGAGCACUAG